UGUUAUUGAUGACAGGCAUAUUGUACUGUCUUAAAUACAUCCAAAUGUAACAAUUUUAUAUCCUUCUUUACAUGUAUCUUUAUCUACCAAAUAUCAAUGCUUCGUUGGUGUUACUAAAAAUAUUAAAUAGCUAAAAGUUAGGUUGGUAAAUAUUCUUUAAAAUAAAAAAAAUCAAUAAUAAUAAUAAUUAAUUAAAAUGGAAACUUAAAAGCAAUUCUAAGCACACUCAGUUUCAUAUAAAAAACAUGAUUUAAAAUAUUAUUGAUGACAAGCAUGUUGUACUGUCUUAAAUACAUCCAAAUGUAAAAACUGUAUGUCCUUUACAUGUAACUCUAUCUUCCAACUAUCAAUGCUUUGUUGGCUUUACUAAAAAUAUUAAAUAGCUAAAAUUUAGGUUGGUAAAUAUUCUUUACUGCAUGUUUUAGUAUUAAUUGUGAGAGAUACUACCUCAAGGGGUAUUGUUGGGGCUUGAAUAAGUUUCCCUACUUUCACAAUGAAAUGCUUUGGUGAGUUUCCAACGUAAACUUUCAUCUUUAAAGGAAAAUCAAUAGCCUUUCCCUGGCCAUGAGCAUCCGCAUAUAUACCACCAAUGAUAGUGUAGAGACAACAUGUAAAAAUCCUUUAAGCUGAGCAUGGUGUAUUUAGAGUCCAUUGAUGUUAUUCCUUUGAGUUAAAAAAUAUCAAUAGACACCCUGCUUUAUGUUGAAUGAGCAAGUGUGCUGCUCUUUGACAGCAUUUGAUUUUUAAAUUCACUUGACUGCCAAAUAAAAGCCACCAGAUGCUGAAGCAAUUUAACUUUCUGAGGAUUGUGGAGACUUAUUACAAAGUCUAGAGGAGAUUCAGAAAACAGAUUUAUUAGAACAAAAACAAAUUUUUUAAAAAUUUUAAAUAUUGGAAGCCAACUAAAAAGCCUGUCUUGUUCUGAAGGCACUAUAUUUACUUCAACUUUUUAAGCUUUCUUUACAUUUUAGUAUAAAUUGAAAAAUUAUGUUGUUGCGGUAAUAAUUCAUCUCACCGGAUAAGCUCUUUAGACAUAUGGAGUGCAGGGUCCCAAGUACAUGAUGACAUGGGCCAUCCUCUCCACUUGAUAAGGUACUCUUUCUCUUAUGAGGAAAUAAAUAAGAAGUGGAACGGUCGAGUAAGUACUUCCAUUGCCGCUUUUCCGUUUCGAAAGCAGUCUUUCCUUAUCAUUUACUUGAUAAUUAUCCGUUGGAAAGAAUUCGUAAAGCACUUUAUGAUCAUUCUGUUUUCAUUUCUUGCUCUCUCCGUCCGCCAUCUUGCUACAUACUCUAAAGCAUGCGCAGCUUAUAAACUGGUCAGAUUUACCGCCGGCGCAAAAUGUCCGUGGCUUCCGGUAGUGCCAGACGAUUUUAUAAGGUCUAACUAAGUAAAAGAAAUUACUAAGCAAACAACUGACAGAAACGCGAUAUGAAAAUCAGCAUUUUGACAAUUUGCUUUCUGCUCUUGUGCAUUGAGAUCAAUUCGACUUUCUCGUGGAGGCGAAGACGAAGACGAAGAUGCAAUCCGGUAAACUGUCGGGUUGGAAGCUGGAGUGUUUGGAGUUCUUGCUCCCAUCCUUGUGGCACUAAUGGCACGCAGAAUCGCACGCGACAGAAAACUUUUUCCGCGCAGUGUGGUGGACAAUGUCCAUAUCAUUUGGUGGUGACACGAUCGUGUAACAGGGGUAACUGCCAUAACGGCGGCACCCCGAAUAGUGGCGGAUGUAGUUGCCGAUUGGGAUACGAAGGAACGUGUUGCGAGAAGGACGUUGAUGAGUGCAUCAACAAUCCAUGCCAACAUAACUGCACCAACACAAAUGGCAGUUACACAUGCAAAUGCAAUUCUUGCUACACCAAGCUGGGUCCACAAUGUGACUUGAGGCAGUGUAAGAUCAAUAACCACUGUCACGCGUAUGGUACAGUUAACCCUAGCAAUCACUGUCAGGAUUGUAAUGACAGCCACAAGUUCGCUUGGACA